GCUUAACUAUCUUUGAAAGCAUCUUUUGAUGGUAUCUCUCAAUAAUUUGCUUGUCGAGAUUUGAUUGAGAAUGAAAGAUCGGGUUUUCAAUUGUUAUCUUUGGGAUUUUUAACAGUUCUGAUAAUGUCGCAACCAGGCAGUGUAAAAAAUACCUUGUUAAUAGGAAUUUCAAGUGAUUAACCAAAGCUGUGAUGUUAGAAAGUUCCAUAUCAGAAUCAGAUUCGAUUAAUGGAAAAUGUAUCUUGGUAACAGAUACCGAAACAGAUACUGAUGAAAACUUCGUGACACCAUUAUCACGAUCACUUGCUUCAUUGAUGCCACACAACACCCAGAACAUUUGCGAUCAUGAUCGCUAUUUUAGUCGUUAUAAAUGACGCUGUAAAGGUGACAAUGAAAAUUUCAUAAAGACAAUGAUAUGUGC